GAAGAUGGGCGGAGCCCGGACGCGGUGCCUAGCACCAGGCAAGCACAUGCCAUCACGCUGCCCAGUGUCGUUAUUCUCUGGCGAAGCUGCGUCCCAAAGAAACCACAGUCGGCUCGUCUCGCGGCCCCGCGCCCGCCCCCGCGGUCCCUCUGCUCAAUGAAAUUGGCCGCGAUGAUCAAGAAGAUGUGCCAGAGCGACUCGGAACUGAGUAUCCCGGCCAAGAACUGCUACCGCAUGGUGGUCCUUGGCUCGUCCAAGGUGGGCAAGACGGCCAUCGUGUCGCGCUUCCUCACUGGCCGCUUCGAGGACGCCUACACGCCCACCAUCGAGGACUUCCACCGCAAGUUUUACUGCAUCCGCGGCGAGAUCUACCAGCUCGACAUCCUCGACACGUCCGGCAACCACCCUUUCCCCGCCAUGCGGCGCCUCUCCAUCCUCACUGGAGACGUGUUCAUCCUGGUGUUCAGCCUGGACAACCGCGACUCCUUCGAGGAGGUGCAGAGGCUCAAGCGGCAGAUCCUCGACACCAAAUCUUGCCUCAAGAACAAAACCAAGGAGAACGUGGACGUGCCCCUGGUCAUCUGUGGCAACAAAGGGGACCGGGACUUCUACCGCGAGGUGGAGCAGCGCGAGAUCGAGCAGCUGGUGGGCGCCGACCCCCAGCGCUGCGCCUACUUCGAGAUCUCGGCCAAGAGGAACAGCCGCCUGGACCAGAUGUUCCACGCGCUCUUCGCCAUGGCCAACCUGCCGCGCGAGAUGAGCCCGGACCUGCACCGCCGGGUAUCGGCGCAGCACUGCGAGGCGCUGCACAAGAAGGCGCUGCGGGGCAAGAGGCUGCGGCGAGCGGGCGGCGACCAGGACGACGCCUUCGGCAUCUUGGCGCCCUGGGCGCGCAGGCCGAGCGUGCACAGCGAUCUCAUGUACAUCCGCGAGAAGGCCAGCGGCGGCGGCCAGACCAAGGACAAGGAACGCUGCGUUAUCAGCUAGGAACUCCCGCCCCGCGCGGACGCAGAGCCUCAGAAGACCCUCUUGUCCAAGAGUCAAGUGUCCGGGCCGUGCGUCCCGAGCCGCGUGCGGGCGCGCGCGGACGGGCGUCUUCCUUCCCAGCACUCCAGCCUGUUCACUGGGGAGACUCAAAGAAACCGAGAAGGGACCAUUAUCUGCUCCGGAAGGAAAGAGAGCUAGCUGAGCCCGGGCUCCCCCCACGUCCGAUCCCCCGUAGGCGCCCGCUAGCCCCACCCGCCCAGCAGAGGUUGAAUUUGCCUUGUUUCUCACAAAGACCUAAGAAUGGGGGUGGGAAUGGGAGUUAAUCAGCCACCACUGGGCUUUCAGAAAUGGGUCCUGCCAGCUGGAGGGCCAGGACAAAACGGGGCAUUAUCUGUGAUUGGGGGUUGCCAUGACAGCUGGCCUGAAACUGAGGGCGGGGUCCGGUCUAGGGAGUGCCUUGUUUACAUGUGUGCGCAACUGCACAAAGCGAAACAGAGAACUCGCACUGGAUGGUAGUUCUGGUGUCACCACCUGACGUGAACAAAACCUUACCUUUGAAGUCAGUCUUGUUACUGGUUUUUUAAUGUAAAAUAAAAUAACUUAAAAU